AACAACGAGGUUUGACGUAAAUCAGGUAGGAGCUUAGAACGUAGUAUCACGGACGAUGAUGGUGCGUGUGCACGCAGCCAGCACGCGAAGAAACAGCCGUGCAGUCAUCGCGAUGAGUAAAUGUGCGCCACGCCGCGCCGGAUCAUCGUAUAAUAUAGCGUAAUCCACGUAACAACCAGCGGCUAUGAUCGCGAUGAUCGCCGUUUGAAUCGCGCGAAUUCUUUCGGGUCGGCGAGUUAAGUUCCCCAUUGUUGCGAUGCGCUCUCGUGCGAGCGCCUGAGAGAAAGAGAGACGCGCGUCUGUCGACGAUGCUCGCUCGGCGGGAUGUUUUUUAGGCUAGAACUGCGUCCAGUGUAGAGCCAGAAAAUUUGCCAAAAAUGUCUGAAUCGAUUGGAGCAUCUCGUGGGGUAACCCGUGCGAUGUCACAAGAUUCCGAAUUUGAUGACGCUUUGGAAGUACCUGAUUCAUUAGAAAUAAUAGUUAACGAAGAUGGUGAGACAAUACAAGUUCGUAAAGAAGAAACAGCAUGCAUAGAUAAUAGAGACACUCUUGAUGUAAUACCUUUCACCGUCAUACACAAACCACCAAUCAAGUUCAAAAGCCAAACACGCAAUGUGUUCAUUCCUGGUGAAGAAGUGCAUGUAAAAAUCAUAGAUAAUGAACGUAGUGUGACCACACAUCCCUUAAAUCCAAAUCUAUACACCAUAGAAUUUAGACACGGACCUUUUAUCUGGACUAUUAAAAAGCGAUACAAACAUAUUCAGCAACUGCAUAAUCAAUUGAAAAUGUAUCGUGCUAGUUUGAAUAUACCUUUCCCUACAAAAAGCCACAAAGAGAGAAGGACUAGCAUGAGGAAUCUUGGAAAUGUGAAAGAGAAAAAGGGCAGACGAAAUGCUUUACCAAGGUUCCCUAAUAAACCUGACAUUCUAGUACCUUAUGAAGGGUUAAAUCGUAGAAGAAAAGAAUUAGAGGAUUAUUUAAAUAAUUUGCUCAAUAUAGAAAUUUAUAGACGUCAUUCAGAAACUAUCAAUUUUUUGGAUAUUUCGCAUUUGUCUUUUGUGGCAGAUUUAGGAAUGAAAGGAAAAGAAGGAACAAUUUUGAAACGAACUGGAUCAAGCGCUAAAGUCAGAUGCAAUUUUUGUGGUUUGUUUGAACAUGGAUUUUGCUUCAAGUGCAACUAUUUUUGUGCCUCUCUUUGUGGCAAAUGGCAAAAGAGACAUCUUGUUGUUAAGGAAACCUUUGUUGCAUAUCUUAAUUCUGAAGAUGGAAGAAUAAAAUCUGUUAUUUUAAUGGAUAAUGGUUUUGGAAUCAGUCUAGGAGUAUAUACUACAGGUUCACGAAGUGGCAUACAGAUUUCAAAUUUGAGUAGACAUAUAAUUAUCAAGUGUUGGACAAAACGAAAAGCUAAGGAAUGGAUGGAAUUUAUACAAGAAGUUAGUAAUAGAGAAGGCAGAGAUUUUAUCCAGACAAAUCCACAUAAUUCAUUUGCUCCAUAUCGUACAUCCAUAUCUGCAACUUGGUUUGUGGAUGGAGCUGAUUAUAUGUCUGCUGUUGCCGAUGCAUUGGAAAACGCCAAAGAAGAAAUCUUUAUCGCAGAUUGGUGGCUUUCACCAGAAAUUCACAUGAAAAGACCAAUGUCUGGCGGAGAUUAUUGGCGAUUGGAUAAAAUUUUACAAAGAAAAGCAAAUCAAGGUGUAAAAAUAUUUGUAUUGAUAUAUAAAGAAAUUGAAGUCGCUUUAGGCAUAAACAGUUAUUAUAGCAAACAGAGACUUGUGGAGCAAUGUCCUGAAAAUAUCAAAGUAUUAAGACAUCCUGAUCAUGCAAGGGCAGGCAUAUUUCUUUGGGCUCAUCACGAGAAGAUUAUAGUUAUUGAUCAAUCUUUAGCAUUUCUUGGUGGCAUUGAUUUAUGUUACGGUAGAUGGGACAAUAAUGAGCACAGAUUGACAGAUUUAGAAUCUAUUCAUCAAUCAAGUAUCUAUAUUCCUUCAAGAGACAAACUAACCAAUACCAGUAGUAAAAAGAUACUAGGCUGUAAUACAGAGAGACACGUGCUAUUACCAUUAGCAAUAGCAACAAAUACUAUUGCUAUGGCGACCACGAGAUCUAUGCCUUUAUUACCGAUAAUGGAUGAACAAACACAAAAGGAUUUAGUGAUGUCAACGUUGUCAACGGAUAAUUCACUUUUUAUGCUGCAAGAAAAGGGAGAUGCGGUUAAGUGUAACACUCCUGAAAUGCAAAGGAAAAACUUGUUUGAGGUCGCCAAAACAACUGUCGAUAAAAUGAAAAACACCGUGAAAGUAAAGAGACAAGAAUUCAUUAAUAUGGUAUAUAGUUCUCACGAAGCGAAUGCCGAUGAGACUGAAGAUGAAACGCUUGCACUGUCAGAAUCCGAAGAUUCAGUGGAUUAUGCUAGUGGAUUGUGCCGAUUAAGACCUGCAACAAAAUUAUGGCUUGGAAAAGAUUAUACAAAUUUUAUUGUUAAAGAUUUUAAUGAUCUCGAAAAACCAUAUCAGGAUUUGGUAGAUAGAACCACUACUCCUAGGAUGCCUUGGCAUGACAUAGGAGUUUUAGUGCAGAACGCUGCUGCUAGGGACGUGGCUAGGCAUUUCAUACAGCGCUGGAAUGCCGUCAAGCUAGAAAAAGCAAAGCUGAAUUCUUGUUAUCCUUACUUAUUACCGAAAUCGUACAAAGAUUGUAAGAGCUACGCACCGUUUAUCAAAGAGGCGGACAAGCACAACGUCAAGUGUCAAGUACUACGAUCGGUGAGUUCAUGGUCGGCUGGUUUUCUUGAUCCAGAGACUGUUGAACAAAGUAUACAGGAAGCUUACAUCCAUGCUAUUAGUAAAGCAGAAAGAUAUAUAUACAUAGAAAAUCAAUUUUUUAUAACACUUGCGUCUAUGGACAAGGGUAAUGUUAAAAAUCAAAUUGGCGAGACAUUAUUGAAAAGAAUUCUGAGAGCGCACAGAGAAGGCGCAGUGUUUAGGGUAUUUGUUGUGAUGCCUUUGUUGCCAGGCUUUGAAGGAGAAGUUGGAGGACCGAGUGGGACGGCGUUACGAGCGAUAACGCAUUGGAAUUAUAAUUCUAUAUCGAGAGGGAAGGAUGCUAUUUUAAAUCAACUGAUAGAAGCAGGCAUAGAAGAUCCUAGCGAAUACAUCACAUUUCAUGGCUUGAGGACUCAUUCUAUAUUAAAUGGCACGAUAAUAACUGAGCUUAUUUACGUUCACAGUAAGCUAAUGAUAAUAGACGAUAAUACAGUUAUUUGUGGAUCGGCUAAUAUAAAUGACAGAAGUAUGGUUGCUACGAGAGACAGCGAAAUAGCUGUAAUAAUUCACGAUCAAGAAUUUGAGGAUGGACGUAUGAAUGACAUACCUUUCCCUUGUGGCAAAUUUGCAUCUUCCUUGAGAAAACAAUUAUUCCGCGAACAUUUGGGAUUACUGAAUACUAAAGAAAACAUCAACAUUGAUGACGCUAUUAUUAAAUCAUUCUAUAAGGACAUAUGGUGCGCUAGAAGCAAACGGAAUACAGAAAUAUAUGAAGAAAUAUUUCACUGUAUUCCUAGCGAUAAAGUAGUCAAUUUUGCUAUAUUGAGACAAUAUCAAGAAAAAUUGCCUCUUUCUAUAUCUAAUCCAUUAUUGGCGCAAGAAAUGACGGAUAAGGAUAUAAAGGGUUAUUUGGUCGAUUUGCCAUUAAAUUUCUUAUGUAAUGAGGAUUUAAAACCUGCUGUUGGAACAGUGGAAGGAAUGAUGCCAACUGCGUUAUGGACGUAAGUUUGCGCCAUGACAAAUAAACGUUUUAGAAAAUUUUUUUAUAAUUGAGUUCAAAUUAAUAAUAGAUUUCUAUUAAUUUCUUUUAUGCAAAUAUU